AAAAUCUCCUUCUCAGUUCUCAAGCUUCUUUACUAGUAGAGUAUUCCCAGAGCAGGGCGGCGGAGAGAAAAACCCUAGGUCUACCGCGUCAUCUCACCACCAUGGACGGCGACGACGAAGUUUCGGCACAGAUGAUCGACGAGAUCUACGCCAACGGCGGCGACAUCGAUUCCCAGCAGCCUCACAGACCAGUCAUCAUCAACGGCGAGCAGCUCGACGUGGAGGCCUACGCCGCCCUCUACACCGGCCGGACCAAGAUCAGGCGCCUCAUGUUCAUCGCCGACCACUGCGACAACAACGUAGCGAUGCAGCUGGAGGCGCUGCGGAUGGCCUACGACGAGGUCAAGAAGGGCGAGAACACGCAGUUGUUUCGGGAAGUUGUUAACAAGAUCGAUGGGCGGUUGGGCCAGGGGUACGGGCCCGACCCGGGCUGGAGUGAGGCGGUCGAGCGGAGGGCUGAGCAGAGGAAGGAGAAGCUCGAGAAUGAACUCAAUGCUUAUCGUACAAAUUUGAUAAAAGAAAGCAUUAGAAUGGGGUACAACGACUUUGGAGAUUUUUAUUACGCUCAUGGUGCACUUGGGGAUGCAUUUAAGAAUUAUGUCCGUACUCGUGAUUAUUGUACAACAUCCAAGCACAUAAUUCAUAUGUGCCUGAAUGCGAUUUUGGUCAGCAUUGAGAUGGGCCAGUUCACGCAUGUUUCAAGUUAUGUUGGGAAAGCUGAGCAAAGUCCAGAUGCCUUGGAUGCAAUUACGGUUGCAAAACUACGCGCUGCCGGAGGAUUGGCCUUAUUGGAAGCUAAAAAGUACAAGCUGGCUGCUCGAAAGUUCUUGGAAACGGGUCAUGAAUUGGGGAACAGCUAUUCCGAAGUGAUUGCACCCCAAGACAUUGCAACAUACGGUGGACUUUGUGCACUCGCAAGUUUCGACAGAGCAGAGCUGAAGAGCAAAGUUAUAGACAAUCUCAACUUCCGGAAUUUCUUAGAGUUGGUACCAGAAGUAAGGGAGCUUAUUCAUGAUUUUUACUCGAGCCACUACGCUUCAUGUCUUGAUUAUCUUGGAAAUCUGAAAGCAAAUCUUCUGCUUGAUAUUCACCUGCAUGACCAUGUUGAGACGCUGUAUAAUGACAUCCGUCACAAAGCCCUCAUCCAGUAUACUCACCCAUUUGUGUCUGUGGACCUACGGAUGAUGGCCAAUGCUUUCAAAACAAGUGUACCCGGGCUUGAGAAAGAGCUUGAAGCUCUAAUUACCGACAAUCAAAUACAGGCUCGUAUAGACUCUCAUAACAAAAUCCUGUAUGCACGACAUGCGGAUCAGAGGAAUGCUACUUUCCAGCGGGCUCUACAGACUGGCGGCGAAUUUGAUCAAGAUGUCAGGUCCAUGCUGCUGAGAGCGAGCCUUAUCAAGCAUGAUUACAACCUUAAGUCGUCAAGGAAAUUUUAGAUUUACGAUUGGGCAAAACUAAAAGCCACUAUGGUAUCUUGAUUAGGUUGAUUUUCUGGGAAAAAGGAAAGGAGAAAGUGCUUGUCGGUCUUGGCUUUUUUGGUUUGCUGUGUGUUUCCAGAAUCAUUACCGCUAUUGAUGAAGCUAAUGUUUAUAUAGUGUUUAUGAUCAGAAAAA